ACAAACACUUAGAAUAUUAAGUCAAAGGAAGAAAAACCAAAAAACUACACACACACAUUUGUUCUUAUAAUGGGUAUUUCAAGUCUUUUGAGGAUUUAUUUUUUUGCACUAGCUUUGAAGAAUUUGGUUAAUAUUGUUAAUGGGCAGCCUUUGGUUCCAGCACUGUUUAUUUUUGGGGACUCAGUUGUUGAUGCAGGCAAUAAUAAUUACCUUAAAACUAUUGUCAAAGCAAAUUUCCCUCCUUAUGGAAGAGAUUUCCCUAAACACAUACCAACUGGGAGAUUUUGCAAUGGAAAGCUUGCCUCGGAUUUCACUGCUGAGAAUCUUGGCUUUACUUCGUAUCCACCAGCUUAUCUCAGCAAGAAAGCAAAAGGCAAGCAUCUUUUGAUUGGAGCCAAUUUUGCCUCAGGUUCAUCUGGUUACUAUGACACUACUGCUAAGCUAUAUGAUGCAAUUCCUUUGAGCAAACAGCUUGAAUAUUACAAAGAAUACCAGAAGAAGUUGGUGGUAAUUGCAGGGAAAGUAAAUGCUACAUCAAUAAUCAAUGGUUCAAUUCACUUAAUCAGUGCGAGAAGUAGUGAUUUUGUACAGAAUUACUAUAUUAAUCCUCUAGUUUACAAAGUUUACACUCCUGAUCAAUUCUCAGACAUCCUCAUCAAGUCCUACACCAAAUUCAUAUUGGAAUUGUAUGGAUUUGGAGCAAGGAAGAUUGGAGUGGCAAAUGUGCCACCAAUUGGAUGUGUACCAGCAGCCAUUACAAUAUUUGGCAAAGACAACAACAAUUGUGUCAAGAAGAUGAACAAAGUUGCAAUUUCAUUCAACAAGAAACUCAAUCACACAUCUAUCAAAUUGCAAAAGAAGCUUUCUGGUCUCAAUCUUGUUGUCAUGGAUAUCUACCAACCCCUCCUUGACCUUGUCACCCACCCAGCUGAUAAUGGUUUUUUUGAAGCAAGAAAGGCAUGUUGUGGGACAGGAUUGCUAGAAACAUCCAUAUUGUGCGAUGCCAAGUCUCCAGGGACAUGUGCCAAUGCAUCUGAAUAUGUUUUUUGGGACGGAUUUCAUCCAACUGAAGCUGCAAAUAAAGUCUUAUCUGAUGAUUUGCUAGCCAGUGGCAUAUCCCUCAUCUCUUGAUCAUUUUUUCUUCAUCCUCACGUUAUAAACUUAAAAAUUUAUUGUUGCUUGUGGACUCACAUUAUGUUAUGAUAAAUUCUUGUUUUUUUUUUUUUUUUUUUUUUUUUUUUUUUUGGUACUUACCCGAAUAAAUAAAAUCUUGUUUUUCUUACCCUUUUGUAUUUUGUUUUGGUUACGGUGUUGCCAAUGGAAUAUAUGACAGUACUGUUCAAACUUGUAAAA